AUGGAAAAAAGAAUCCAUGAUCAAUCCAAACCCGCUCCCAGUCAUCUCUCAUCUCCUCAUCUCCGCCGCCGCCUCCUCUCUCUCCCCCCCUCUCCCCACCCCCAUUCCUUCCCUCCUCUCCUCAAGCUCGCCGCCACCCUCAACCUCAUCCCCCUCGGCCUCUCCCUCCACCAACUCUCCAUCGCUCUCAAACUCGCCUCUGACCCCUACAUCUCCUCCUCCCUCCUCAACUUCUACUCCAAAACCCACCGAAUUCUCGACGCCAGCAACGUAUUCAACACAAUGCCCGAUAGAAACAUUGUCCCGUGGUCCUCCAUCAUUGCCGCAUAUUCCCUCUCUGGAGACCCCAACACUGCAUUUUCAAUGUGCAACAGAAUGCUAUACGAAGGAAUCAGACCCAAUUCAGUAACUUUGAUUGGUUUCCUGUCUGGGUUAUCGAAAUUAGAUCAGUUGGAGUGUGUCCACGGAUGUGCAGUUAGAUUUGGGUUUGAUAAGGACUUGGUUCUUGCUAAUUCGAUGGUUAAUGUUUAUGGGAAGUUAGAAAGAUUGGAUCUUGCAAGGUUAUUGUUCGAUGAGAUGGAUUGUAAGGAUGUUGUUUCGUGGAAUUCUAUGAUUGUGGGGUACUCCAGAGUGGGAGAAGUGAGAGAAUGUGCAAGUUUGUUCAAAGAGAUGCGGGUGAAAGGGGAAUGCCCGGAUCAUCAAACGUAUGGGUCUUUACUAUCUUCGAUUGGUAAUCAUGGAGAAGGAUUGAAUAGAUUAGGCAAGUCUAUUCAUGCAUUGGUUAUAAACUCGGGUUUGCAAUUUGAUACCCAGAUUGAGACUGGGCUUAUAAGCUUCUAUCUCAAGUUUGGGAACCAUAAGUAUGCAUUUCUUAUCUUCGAAAAUGCAGCAGAUAGGGAUGUUGUGUUAUGGACUGCAAUGAUCUCGGGUUUGGUUCAGAAUGAUGGAGCUGAUAAAGCUUUGGUUGUUUUUCAGAGGAUGUUGAAGUCAGGAGUAAUGCCUGCAACCACAACGGUAGCUAGUGUUCUAUCGGCUUGUGCUCAGCUUAGCUUGUUAUUAGUUGGAGCAUCGAUUCAUUGUUUCAUUAUAAGGAGGAGAUUGUCAAUGGAUAUUGCAGCUAAGAACUCGCUUAUCACUAUGUAUGCAAAAUGUGGCCAUUUAACACAGUCGUAUCUUAUUUUUGAGAAAAUGGAUGAAAAAGACUUGGUUUCGUGGAAUGCAAUUGUCUCAGGCUAUGCUCAAAAUGGACAUCUAGAAGAAGCCUUUGAUCUUUUUACAAGAAUGAGAUUGGUUUUCCAAAGGCCAGACACAAUCACUGUUGCCUCCCUUCUACAAUCUUGUGCCUCAUUAGGAGCUCUAAUGCAUGGAAGACUACUUCACGCUUUUAUGUUCAGGCACGAGCUGAAGAACUGCAUCUCUUUAGAUACAUCUUUGGUCGACAUGUACUCAAAAUGUGGAGAUCUCAAAACAGCUCAAAAAUGCUUUGACCUAAUGCCAGAGCAAGACUUAGUGUCAUGGAGUGCAAUUAUCGGAGGAUAUGGAAGCCACGGAAUGGGGAAAGAUGCUCUUGAGAUGUAUUCAGAUUUCCUCAAACUGGGGAUUGUGCCGAAUGAUGUUAUGUACAUGUCUAUUCUCUCAGCCUGCAAUCACUCUGGCCUAGUAUCUCAAGGCCUGACGAUAUUCAAAUCGAUAAAAGACUUUGGUACCGUACCAAGAAUCGAGCACUGUGCUUGUGUUAUCGAUCUAUUGUGCAAAGCAAAAAGGGUUGAAGAAGCCAUAAAGUUCAUUAGAACAAUGCCAAUUAAGCCAAAUGCCGAUGUGCUUGGUAUAGUUCUUGAUGCUUGUAGGUUAAAUGGGUAUAAUAAUCUUGCAGAGGUGAUUGCAAAGGAGAUCGUUGAGUUAAGACCUGAGAGUGCAGGGAAUUAUGUGCAAUUGGCACAUAGUUAUGCUGCAAUGAGCCAAUGGGAUGGUGUUGGGGAUGUAUGGGCAACGAUGAGGCAUCUUGGAUUGAGGAAGGCACCUGGGUGGAGUUUUGUUGAGUUGAAUGGAGUUGUUGUUACAUUCUUUGCAGAUAGCAGCUCAAAUCCUAGGUAUCAAGAGAUUGUGUUCUUGUUGAAAAUUUUGCGUCGUGAGAUGAGAGAGAUUGAUGACCUGCUCUGUGGCUAGGGAGCACCAGUGAACGGGGCAACAAUAAUUUCCCUUGGAUCACUGAAGAAUGAUGUAGUCAUGUAUGUUACGUAUGAGAAUUUGUAGCCACUGAUGUUUGCGAGGGUUUUUACCAAGGUGACUAUAAUGAACAGUGGAAGCAGAAGCAAUACAUGUCGAACAACAAAUAAAUAAAUAAAUAAAGCAAAAUUUGGUGAAGAAUAGAAGGAUAUCCUGCAAGAUUGAGGUGAAUGUCAAUGCGUCGGUUUGUAUUUGAAAUUUUAGUGGCCCUGUGCGGUAUGGCUUUAAGGAUGACAACCUAAAGUGUGCAGUCACUAUGUCUGCUCUCGUGGCCGGCUUGCAGAGCAACGAGUUGGUCGACUCGCUUGCCAAGAAGCUAGUCGCCAAUUAUGAGCAACUAAUGGUCAAAGCCCACGGGUACAUAGACAUGGAAGAUGUCUGAGCUUACAAGGCGGCAGCCAAAGUCACAGAGACCUUCACAGCAACAACUUCAGCAGCACCAGCAGCGCCGCUUGCACCCCCCACGCCAGCAGCAGUUCCGGCAGUGGCGUCGACACCAGAA